AUGGAGCCAUGGCCUUCCACGUUCCUGCUGCUGCUGCUGCUUUUGUGGUUACAGAGCUGUGUCUCAGGUCCCUCCAGCGAGAAUGUGUACAGGAAAGUGUGGCGGCGUGAAGGGGAGUCUCUGACUGUGCUGUGCUCCUACAAGAACCGCCGGAACCGCGCUGAGAACAAGGCUUGGUGCAAGGUCAGGAAGAAGAAGUGUGAGCCCAGCUUCAUCCGGAGCUGGGUGAAGGGGCCCAGCUACUCAAUGCGGGAUGAUGCCAAGGCCAAGGUGGUCCAUAUCACCAUGGAGGCCCUCAGAGUCCAGGACUCCGGUCGAUAUUGGUGCAUGCGGAACACGGCUGGGAAUCUCUACCCGUUGGUGGGUUUCCAGCUCGAAGUGUAUCCAGCCCUCACAACUGAGAGAAACAUUCUUCGCACGCAUCUAACCAACACCCUUGAGAGUGGAUUUGUCACAACGGGCCAGGUCCGCAUUUCAGGCCCUCAUGUGCCCUUCACCCCUGACGUGUCUGUGUUCACAUCUGGACUCCUCACCUUGGCCUCAGGGACCACCGAGCCAACCCCUGUGACAAGCUACAGUUUCACCAAUUCCAGUGGCACCGUCACAGAGCGCGGGAGGAACACAAAGAACCAGCCAGUGACGUUGUCUCCUAGUGAUGUGAGACCCUUCUCUGCUGAUCCAGUGACCACCUCCACCGAGUUCAGACACCUGAGCAGCAGCUUGUCCACCACGGGGAUGUACCACCCGUCAACCCCCAAGAGGUCCCAGGAGACUUACCUCACUGUGACGAUGGUAGUGCUGACAUUCCUUCUGACGCCUGUGGUGUUGGUUAUGGUCUAUGGCUUUUGGAAGAAGAGGCACAUGGGAAGCUACAGCUUGGGCAACGACUCUGCUAAACCCUGGAUACAUCUUCCUGAAGGACCAGAGACACUGUGGAAACCUGCUUGGUAUAAGAUAACUCAGUGAUCUGGAGAGCUGACGCCAAUGAACUCAGAGGCCAGAGAGGACCGAAGCCCAGACAAUGGCCCUGGGGCAGGAGCACAGUUCAGCUGCCUUCCUUUCACCCAGGGCCACCAUGUCCUCAGUUUCCCUCUGUUCCCUACAAACAUCUCCAUAUGUUUGGAGACAAGAGCCAGACUCAUGAGC